AUGUCGAAGCAGCAUCGCGAGCAGUUUGUCGCUGCAGCCGAAGAAGCGAGUUUCGACGCUGUGCACAACUGGGUCGUCAAGCAUAAAUCCAAAGCCGACGCCUUCGACCUGGUCGAACUCUUCCAAGCACUGCCGAAAAACCACGCCGUGCGCCUGUGGACUGGUCUGCGAGGUCAUGCCACGAAAGCCAUUGCGGCCAUUCAAGCCCCGCAGGCGGACGAGCAGUCGGCGGUCGUCGUCGUUGUUCCGGCCGAGUGCGCUCGGAUCAUCGAGGACAUUUCGCGCAUCGUUGUUUGCAGUCUCAAAGUGGAGGCCCCCACCGUCUAUCCCGAGCUGCGCGAAACUCUCCAAGUGUUGCAUGACUCGCUCCUAACUAUCGCCUCACAUAAGGUCGCAGAAGCCGUGUCAAAGGCAUGCGAGCGCUACUUUUUGCUGGACUUGCCCCAGCGGAAUGGCAUCUUCCCGCAAACCAUCUCGUAUCUUCUGCUCCGCUCGCUCGAGGUCUCGGCUGAGGGCGUCGACGACGACGACGACGACGACACUGAAAACAACGCAGACGCCGAUUCCAACAAGCCGUCCAAGUCACGAGCUGCCAAGCGCAAAACAAAGUACACUGAAGUGGACAACGAAGACGACGCCACCAAAGGCUCGACUUCUUCUGCCAAAGGGUUUGUGCGGCGCGUCCAGCAGCUCAAAGAAGGAUUGACCUUGAUCGACUUUGACGACAUUGAAUCGUCGCAAUCCAUCCGCACAUUGCUGCUGCGAUGCUACUUGGCUCCGGUCUACCUCGGCAGCAACGACGGUUGCAAGCUUCUCGCCUACGCAUUCACGCUUUCAUUGCCGUUUGUGGCGGACAUUCACUCCACCAUCAAAAACCAACUGCCAGUGUGCUCGGCCGAGCACGUCACUGCCUACGGCAACCUCUAUUUCGCUGCGUGGCAGAUCAGCACCGGGCCGUUCCUGACGCGCAUCGAGCAAACGUGCCUGCAAGACCUCAUGUCGUGCGCCGUACAUGCUUCGCGCAAGGGCCUCUCUUCGCUCUCGUCGGUGCUCCGCCGGGUGCUGAGCUGCUGGCACAGCCAAAAGAAGGUUGCCGGCGUGGACGAGAUGCUCGUACGACUGUACGAUCCUAUUAUCUGGCGCAGCCUCUCUGUGGCCAACCCAGCCGUCCGUUGCAAUGCUGCCGCCAUCCUCAUUGACGCAUUCCCAUUGCGCAACCCGGAGGCUACCGCGAGCGAAAGCGAUGCCCUGCUACAAAAGCAAAUCGAAGCGCUGGGCAUGCUGCUCUCGAACGAGCCUUCGCCUGCGGUGCGCUGCAUUGCCGUCCAGGGAUCCUGCCGCAUUUUGAGCAUGUACUGGGACUUGCUCCCGGAAGGGGUUAUUCGCGCCCUUCUCGACCAACUCACGCUCGAGCUGGCAUUCGACUCAAAUUCGAGCGGAGUGCGCACGGCCGUAGUUCAGGGUCUGGGCUUUUUGCUCAACAACCACCUUGCUCAAGCAACCGUCAAGCAGCUGCUCCCGCGGAUUCGCAACUUGAUUCACGAUACGGCCGAGCAAACACGCGUUGCCAUGCUCGACUUGCUCCUGCUGAUCAAGAAGAUUCGUACGAUUCGUUUCUGGGAUGUCGUCCCCGUCAACCAUUUGCUUGCUCGUCUUGAGUCCGAGGCGUCCGUUCUUUCUGCCGCUCCAGCAGCUACGACAGCGUCCCGCCGAAUUGUCGAGCUUUUGUCCAACUCGUACUUUCCCGAAGACAAGGAGCCGGAAGCCCGCCUCACCCGCUGCAUUGCCCUUGUCACCAGCAAUCGUGCUGCCUCGCGCCAGUUUUACCGAUUUUUGCAUGCGUAUGUGCCGCUGCCACUGCUGACCACAUUCAUCAUGCACUUGUGCCGCUACGUGCAUCAUGCCGCGACGGGCGCGUCGGCAAGCGCUGCCCCGAAAGAGUCACAGCAGCCCUUCAAGGACAUUUCCAACAGUAGCAAGAAGACGUGGCGUCGUGGUGAUGCAGCUUCGGCAACCAACGACCAAGACUGGCUCACCGAGUCGGGUGGUGUGGAUGACCCCAGCGCGACUACUGUGUCCGAUGAAAGCAUGCUCAACAUUUCAGCCACGACCGAUCCACUGUGCGAGGAGACUGGCGAUGCACCGGCAGCUAAAAACAAGACUGGCAAGGCGGGCAAAGGCAAAGCACGCGCCAAGGCAGCAGCGAAAUCGGCUGGCAAGGCAGCCACCGAGGAGACCACUGCCUCAAGUGCCGACACUACCGCCGAUGCCGUUGUUGAAAAUCCAGAGCUGAUUCAAGGGCUGCUGGAGGUGGUCGUCAUUUGCUGGAGGUCCAUCCGCUCCACCUUGGCCAAGCCUCGCCAUGCCAAGCUCCAGCAGGCCUUGGUGGUCAACUUGAAGGAAUGCCUCCCUGCAUUUAUGAAGGCAUUCAGCGAUGGUCCCUGUAGCGAGGCGCUCAUUCACAUUGCAGCCCAGCUCCCGCGAGAGCACGUCCCGACCCUGUGCAACGAGAUCAUUCUUCCACAGCUCGAGGCUAUCGCAGCUGCAACGGCCGUUGGUGCUAAUGUGCAUCACCCCAGCGCCUCUGAUUUAGCGUCGUCGGGCAUGCAGGCAGCAUCGUUGCUCAGCCCCUUGGCCUCGGUCAUUAACUCGGUGGUGCCAAUCGCGCUGUCUUCCAGCGCCUACUCUCAAAUGGCCCCUCUCAUUGACGCCCUUUGCGCGUGGGACCAAGUGUCGGUGAUUGUCGACACAAUCUCCAACUUGCUCACUCCGGGCGAUGCCGUUCGCGCUGCCCCGAAAUCGGCGCGCUCGAGCUCAAAGUCGGCUCCCAGCGGCAAGAAAGCACAAGCAGCAGCAGCAGCAUCCACAGCAUCCACAGCAUCCGCAGCACCCUCUGCGUCAUCGAACAGCCGCGUGUUCAAUCCUGUCUGCGCACUUUCAAUGCUCCACUAUAUUCUGACUGCUCCGAAUGCCCGCGAGGCUCUGUCGCAAAACCCCAGCGAUCUUUUGCGCCUUCUCGCCUCGUUGGACGCCUGUGCCGAGAUUGAGUCCGUCAUGGUUCUCGGCGCUCUUCCGGCUCGUUUGUCCGCGCUGCAACCGACAACUGCACUGUCUGUGCUCUUGCAAAUGCUGAUUGGAUCGAUGCGCUGUGCCAUUCACUUGCGUCGCGCUCAGCUUGAGGAUGUUGCUGCCCCCACUGUUGACGAAGACGUGGUGACUUUGCUGAACUGGGCGCGGCAGAAGGCCCUGCCCAUGCUGGUUGCCCUCAAAGUGGAUGCUGCCAAGCCGCGCGCCGCGCGUCAGACAAACAAACGCAAGGCAGAGACGGAUGCCGAGACAAACACCGAGAUUCAGGGGGACAUUGCGCUUCACGUGCGCAUUGGUUUUGGCGCCGACUGCUUGAAUGCAAUUCUGAGCUUUGUCCUGGAUCUGGUGACUGUUGGCAUUGUUGAUGGCGAGCUCAUUCGGCGUGUCUGCCGCUUGACCUGCGAGAUGGCGACUGCUGGCAUCUUGCCUGCAGCUCUUGGUGGUCGCCUUUUGCUGGAGAUGACCACCGUUGCUCUGGCCACCGACCGCAUCCCUGAUUGUGAUCUCGAGCGCAUCCGCUUGUCCAUUGGCACUGUGCUCGACACUGUGCUCAACGAGACCGGCAAGCGUUAUCGCGACGACGACGUGCUGUGCCAGCAGGAGUUGAGCGCGCUUCGCCCAUUCGUUGUCGAGGCGUUUAACGUUUGCCAGCAACGAGACGAAAAUCCGCGCAUUCUGCUCUGGCCCAUGAUGAACAUUGCGCUUCGCGAGCUGCACGAGUAUAACGCAGACGCAGUUGCGUCCGGUAAUGUGAACGCGAGCGGCUGGAGCCCACUUGCAGCGUUCUUUGCGUCGUCCACGGUCAAGUGUGGUGCCGCAGCCGUAGAAAGCGCCUCGCAAGAGCUUCUUGGAGCGGUAUCGAACGCCGACCAAUUCAAGUGUGCCGCAUUGGCAAUGGGUGGUAUCUUGCAAGCUUCCAAGAACUUGUCAGCGGCAGCACAAGCAACGAUGGAGGAGGCGAUGAAUAAAACCAAAAUCAAGCAUCGAUUCGAGUCUGCAGUCGCCGCAUUGAGUCGGGAUGGCGACCAGUCAAUCCUGAACCAAUCGUCAUUAGGCAACUUUGUUGAUCAAGUUAUUGUGGUUUGAGCAUGAUGCAUAAAAGCAAAAAAGUUUCUUUUCUUUCAAAGAAGCGGUGUUAACAAUAUUACAAAACUUUACAGAA